CUUAUCUUAAGGAGUACGCAAAAUGAGUUCAAAAUACGAGUGAUAUACUACACGAUAAGUAUCUAUAUGAGGAGAAGACAUGAAAUGCUUAACUCUUUGUACGUUGUUGAUAAUAUUAAAGGGAUGUAUGUUUCAAGAGUCCGGGGAGUCGGAGUAUAUAAAGUUUCACUAUGAACCACAUACGCAUAUGAUGAUUGUAACAAGGCAAUCCACGUGCUAUAUGUUUGUUCUGACGUCAUCAGAAAUGGCAAUGGUUCAUGAAGACAGUAGUCUCCGUACAUUGGAGUUGCAUUUGUUGGCAAAAAUAAAUGAUCCAUCCACACAGCUUACAACAGUGCCACAUUUUUCUCUACAUACGAACCUGCAAAGACAGUGUGGUAAAGAUAUGUUGCACCAUUACAUAAUUCAAUGAUUUGUUACAGUUUGGAAAAUAAAUAUUCACAAAGAAAUGAU